AACAUUUGUCGUAAGCAUCACCGGUUAGAAUGCCAACAAUCUACAAAUUUAUUGUAUUUACGAGCUUCGUAGCUUCAAUACUUUACGACUUGAUUCGUGCGGAAGCCAACUCAUCAUCACUUCCAAUCAAUCAAGAAACAACAUUUAUCACUGGUCCAUAUCUUGAUGGUACUGGCAUUACUAAUGUCACCACACAAAUAUCAACACACGCUUAUUUACCAUGCAAAGUUAGACAGCUCGGAAACAAAUCAGUAUCAUGGGUUCGCGUCAGAGACGAUCAUAUUUUAACGGUUGAUAGAAUGACAUUUAUUGCUGACGAGCGCUUCCAAUCGUUUUUCGUUGAGACUACAGGAAUCUGGACAUUGCAAAUAAAAUAUGUACAAGCACGUGACGCCGGGCAGUAUGAAUGUCAAGUGUCGACGGAACCGAAAGUCAGUGCGCGCGUUCAUCUACAUGUUGUUGUUCCCAGAACAGAAUUGAUUGGUGAUCCUGAUCGAUAUGUAAAGGCUGGUAGUAUAGUUACGUUUCGAUGUGUAGUUAGAGGAGCAUUGGAACCGCCAACAUAUAUAAUAUGGUAUCAUGGGUCACAGCAAAUUUAUGUUGAAAAUCUACGUGGUUGGAAAGUUCAAUUCGAGCGUGAUGUCGAAGGAGACACUCAUAGCUCGGUAGGCACGUUAACAAUAGAUCACGCCAGAAAGCAACAUUCGGGUAACUAUUCAUGUGUCCCCUCAAACUCUGCAUCAGUUCAAGUCACGUUACAUGUUAUAAAUGGGGAGUCUUCUGCGUCAGCAGUAACGUCUGCAUGUUCGCCUAGCUUAGGAAUAUAUGGCAACUUAGUUACAUUGGUAUUUGCUUUAUUUCUUCUUAUUGAAACAUGACAUGCAAUGGAACAAUAGUCGAUGGAAAUUUCAUUAAUUAUAGGUACUUAAUUAUUAUGAUUAUUAUCAUCCUCAAAUAUUGAGUUUUUCCUCUUUUUUUACUGUACAUUAUUCAUGUUAUUACGACAGUUAAAGGUAUAAAUAAAAAGUAAAAUAGAAUAAAAUAAUAAAAUUUAUUAAUUUCAUGUUUCCUCUAACCCCACCCCAUCCCCA